UUUGAGGCUUUAUUUUGGUUAGUUUCCUGUUUUCUGUCACCUCACCUGCCCCAGCCUUACCCCGGUUCACAAUGUCUGUUCAUUGCUUCCACAUGCUGCUCGUUACCUCGUGGUCUCCUGUCUAUAUAUCCUCCUCCCUUCCCUCAGUCUGGUUGCUGGCUUAUCUGAUCACCACAACUCGCUUGUUCCUGUUUCCUCUGCUCCUCCUUGAUCUCCACACCUGGCUGGUUCUUUUGCCUUCAUGUUCUGUUUCUGGACACUUGCAGCGUGUCGCCAUGACGCAGAGAAGGAGGCUUUCCAACACACAGAACUCACCUCAGAGCAGACAGCAGCCUGGCACCUUAAUGGCUCAGGAAGAGGAUGAUGACUCAACCUUUACUCAGCCAAGUACGUCACAGGUACAAAGAGGGCUGGAGAAACUCACACCUGCGCAGGUCGAGCAAAAGACUGCUGAAGUUGUACAGUACUUUUUGGUGAAGGACCAAAAGAAGAUUCCCAUACGCCGAGCAGACCUUGUGAAGCAUGUGGUGAAAGAUUACAGAAACAUCUACCCUGAGAUCAUAAAGAGGGCGGAACGUACUUUUGACCAGGUAUUUGGUCUUAAACUGGUUGAAAUUGACACCAAAAGUCAUUCGUACAUACUCAUCAAUAAAAUGGAGCCAGUUGUGGGAGCCUCCAUAAUCAAUCCUACCAAUCCAAAGAUGGGUCUCCUGUUUGUGAUCCUGAGUAUUAUUUUCAUGAAGGGAGGCCUUGUCAGAGAAAACCUUAUCUGGAGUACUCUGAAGAAACUCCGUGUUGACCCUGGAGAGAAACAUGAGGAGUUUGGUGAUGUGAGGAAGGUGGUCACAGAUGAGUUUGUGCGUCAGAGAUACCUGGAGUAUGUACGAAUCCCUCACACAGAGCCAGUUGAACAUGAAUUCCGCUGGGGUCAACGUGCUGAUAAAGAAGUGUCCAAAGCCAAAAUCCUUGAGUUCAUGGGUCAACUUCAUGAACAGGACCCUCAGAGCUGGAGUCAGCAGUACAGGGAAGCCCACUCCACCCCCAGCUCAAGCCAGGCCAGCACGAGCAGCCAGAGAUAACUGCCUUAGUAGUAAAAUUUCUUUUGGCCUAAUUUAAUUUAUUCUGGCUGAUGCUGUAAAAAAGAAGCUGCGUCAGUGCCAUGUUUUCUUUUUGAAUAUGUUUUUGUGUUCAUAGUUAAGAGAGAGAAACUUUUACAGUACCAAAAAAAAAAAAAAA